GGCGGGAUGGAAGCCAUCGGGCUCCUUUGGCGGCUGCUGCCUCUGUUUUCAGCGUUAGCCUCGGGUUCUGGGACUGGAACCAGCCAGCGCGUGGGAUCAUCAGCCGCGGGGCCGGGCCUGCAGCCCCGAGAGCCGCUCAGCUACUCGCGCCUGCAGAGGAAGAGCCUGGCGGUGGACUUUGUGGUGCCCUCGCUCUUCCGCGUCUAUGCCCGGGACCUGCUGCUGCCGCCGCCGCCACCGUCGUCCCUCUCCGAGCUGAGGGCUGGUCGACCAGAGGCGCGCGGCUCUCUGGCUCUUGACUGCGCCCCACUGCUUCGGCUGGUGAGGCCGCCGCCUGGGGUGUCCGCGGACGCUUCGCCGGCCCCAGCACGGACGCUGUCCAGGGUGCUGAAGGGCGGUUCGGUUCGCAAGCUCCGACGCGCUAAGCAGCUGGUGCUGGAGUUGGGAGAGGAAGCGAUCCUUGAGGGCUGUGUCGGGCCACCAGAGGAGGCGUCUGCGGGGCUGCUCCAGUUCAACCUCAGCGAGCUGUUCAGCUGGUGGAUUCACCACGGCGAAGGGCGGCUGAGGAUCCGACUCAUGCCUGAGAAAAAGGCGUCGGAAGUGGGCAGAGAAGGAAGGCUGUCAGCAGCAAUCCGUGCCUCCCAGCCUCGCCUUCUCUUCCAGAUCUUCGGGACCGGUCACCAUUCCUCGGAGCCACCGACAAAUAAGCCUUCUCUUCCUCCUGAUUCUUUUGUGUGGAACCUGACCUGGAUAAUGAAAGACUCCUUCCCUUUCCUGUCUCAUCGCAGCCGAUACGGUCUGGAGUGCAGCUUCGACUUCCCCUGUGAGCUGGAGUACUCCCCCCCACUGCAUGACCUCGGGAACCAGAGCUGGUCCUGGCGCCGUGUGCCCUCUGAGGAGGCCUCUCAGAUGGACCUGCUGGAUGGGCCCGAGGCAGAGCACACCAAGGACAUGCCCAGAGGUUCCUUCCUCCUCCUCAAUACAUCUGCAAACUCCAAGCACACCAUCCUGAGCCCGUGGAUGAGGAGCAGCAGCGAGCACUGCAAGCUGGCCGUGUCGGUGCACAGACACCUGCAGCCCUCCGGCAGGUAUGUCGCCCAGCUGCUGCCCCACAACGAGGCUGGAAGAGAGAUCCUCCUGGUGCCCACUCCGGGGAAGUACGGCUGGACAGUGCUACAGGGAAGGAUUGGGCGCCCAGAGAACCCUUUCCGAGUGGCUCUGGAAUACAUCUCAAGUGGAAACCGAAGCUUAUCUGCAGUGGACUUCUUCGCCCUGAAGAACUGCAGUGAAGGGACAUCCCCCGGCUCCAAGAUGGCUCUGCAGAGCUCCUUCACUUGCUGGAACGGGACCGUCCUCCAGCUCGGGCAGGCCUGCGACUUCCACCGGGACUGUGCCCAGGGAGAAGACGAAGGCCAGCUCUGCAGUAAACUCCCUGCUGGCUUUUACUGCAACUUCGAAAAUGGCUUCUGUGGCUGGGCCCAAGGCCCGCUCUCACGCCCCACGCCCCGCUGGCAGGUUAAGACCCUAAAGGAUGCUCGGCUGCAGAGCCACCAAGGCCACGCUCUGCUGCUGAGCACCGCUGACGUCCCCGCUUCAGAGAGCGCCACUGUGACCAGCACUACGUUCCCUGCACCCAUGAGGAACUCUCCAUGUGAGCUCCGAAUGUCCUGGCUCAUCCGUGGAGUCUUGAGGGGAAAUGUAUCCUUGGUGCUGGUGGAGAACAAAACUGGGAAGGAGCAAAGCAGGAUGGUCUGGCAAGUGGCCACCAAUGAAGGCUUGAGCCUGUGGCAGUGGACCGUGCUGCCUCUCCUCGAUGUGACUGACAGGUUCUGGCUGCAGAUUGUCGCGUGGUGGGCACGAGGAUCCAGAGCCACUGUGGCCUUUGACAACAUCUCCAUCAGCCUGGACUGCUACCUCACCAUCAGUGGGGAGGACAAGAUGCCACAGAAUGAAGCACCCAAGUCAAGAAAUCUGUUUGAGAGAAAUUCAAGCAAGGAGCCCAAGACCGGGGAAAGCACGCCAAGUGAGACCCCCACCUUUGACCCUACAGUUCACUGGCUGUUCACCACGUGUGGGGCCAGCGGGCCCCACGGCCCCACGCAGGCCCAGUGCAACAACGCCUACCGGAACUCCAACCUGAGCGUGGUUGUGGGGAGUGAGGGCCCCCUGAAGGGAAUCCAGACCUGGAAGGUGCCUGCCACUGACACCUACAGCAUCUCGGGCUAUGGCGCAGCCGGCGGGAAGGGCGGGAAGAACACCAUGAUGCGGUCCCACGGCGUGUCUGUGUUGGGCAUCUUCAACCUGGAGAAGGACGACACGCUGUACAUCCUGGUGGGGCAGCAGGGGGAAGACGCCUGCCCCCGAACAAACCAGUUAAUCCAGAAGGUCUGCGUUGGCGAGAACAACGUGAUAGAAGAAGAAAUCCGAGUGAACAGAAGUGUGCACGAGUGGGCAGGAGGGGGCGGAGGAGGGGGCGGAGCCACCUACGUGUUUAAGAUGAAGGAUGGCGUGCCGGUGCCCCUCAUCAUUGCGGCCGGCGGGGGCGGCCGGGCCUAUGGGGCCAAGAAAGACGCGUUCCGCCCAGAGAAGCUGGAGAAUGACUCCUCUGUUCCAGGGCUGAACGGCAAUUCCGGAGCCGCAGGUGGUGGAGGUGGCUGGAAUGAUAACACUUCCUUGCUCUGGUCUGGAAAGUCUUUGCUGGAGGGUGCCACCGGAGGACAUUCCUGCCCCCAGGCCAUGAAGAAGUGGGGGUGGGAGACAAGAGGGGGUUUCGGAGGGGGUGGAGGGGGGUGCUCCUCCGGUGGAGGAGGCGGAGGAUAUAUAGGCGGCAAUGCAGCCUCAAGCAAUGAUCCCGAGAUGGACGGGGAGGAUGGGGUUUCCUUCAUCAGCCCUCUAGGCAUCCUGUACACCCCAGCUUUAAAAGUGAUGGAGGGCCACGGGGAAGUGAAUAUUAAGCAUUAUCUAAACUGCAGCCGCUGUGAGGUAGAUGAAUGCCACCUGGACCCCGAGAGCCACAAGGUCAUCUGCUUCUGUGACCACGGGACAGUGCUGGCAGAGGACGGCGUCUCCUGCAUAGUGUCACCCACCCUGGAGCCCCACCUACCACUCUCGCUCAUCCUCUCUGUGGUGACUUCUGCCCUCGUGGCCGCCCUCGUCCUGGCUUUCUCGGGCAUCAUGAUUGUUUACCGCCGGAAGCACCAGGAGCUGCAAGCCAUGCAGAUGGAGUUGCAGAGCCCAGAGUAUAAACUAAGCAAGCUCCGUACCUCCACCAUCAUGACCGACUACAACCCCAACUACUGCUUUGCGGGCAAGACCUCCUCCAUCAGCGACCUGAAGGAAGUGCCUCGGAAAAAUAUCAGCCUCCUUCGGGGCCUAGGCCAUGGCGCGUUCGGGGAGGUGUAUGAAGGUCAGGUGUCGGGAAUGCCCAAUGACCCGAGCCCCCUGCAAGUGGCCGUAAAGACGCUGCCAGAGGUGUGUUCUGAACAGGACGAGCUGGACUUCCUCAUGGAGGCCCUGAUCAUCAGCAAAUUCAACCACCAGAACAUCGUGCGCUGUAUUGGGGUGAGUCUGCAAGCCCUACCUCGAUUCAUCCUGCUGGAGCUCAUGGCCGGAGGAGACCUCAAGUCCUUCCUCCGGGAAACCCGCCCUCGCCCAAGCCAGCCCUCCUGCCUGGCCAUGCUGGACCUUCUGCACGUAGCUCGGGACAUUGCCUGUGGCUGUCAGUAUUUAGAGGAGAACCACUUCAUCCACCGGGACAUUGCUGCCAGGAACUGCCUCUUGACCUGCCCAGGUCCUGGAAGAGUGGCCAAGAUCGGAGACUUCGGAAUGGCCCGGGACAUCUACAGAGCAAGCUACUACCGAAAGGGAGGCUGUGCGAUGCUGCCAGUUAAAUGGAUGCCCCCGGAGGCCUUCAUGGAAGGGAUCUUCACUUCCAAGACAGACACGUGGUCUUUCGGAGUGCUGCUCUGGGAAAUCUUCUCACUUGGAUACAUGCCAUACCCGAGCAAGAGCAACCAGGAGGUCUUGGAGUUCGUCACCAGCGGAGGCCGCAUGGACCCACCCAAGAACUGCCCCGGGCCUGUCUACCGGAUAAUGACCCAGUGCUGGCAACAUCAGCCUGAAGACAGACCCAACUUUGCCAUCAUUUUGGAGAGGAUUGAAUACUGCACACAGGAUCCGGACGUGAUCAACACAGCUUUGCCCAUAGAGUACGGCCCGCUCGUGGAAGAGGAAGAGAAGGUGCCCAUGAGGCCCAAAGAUCCCGAGGGGGUCCCUCCUCUCCUUGUCUCUCCUCCGCAGGCCAAGCGGGAGGAAGGGCACGCACCUGCUGCCCUGGCCCCUGUGCCCGCCUCUUCCUCUGGCAAAGCCGUGAAGAAACCAUCGGCGGGGGAGGUGUCGGCCCGCAUCACCCCGGUGCCGGCCAUGGAAGGCGGGCACGUGAAUAUGGCUUUCUCUCAGUCCAACCCCCCAUCAGAGUUGCACAAAGUCCAGGGAUCCAGAAACAAACCCACCAGCCUAUGGAACCCCACGUAUGGCUCCUGGUUUACGGAGAAGCCCGUCAAAAAGAACAAUCCUCCCGAGAAGAAGGAGCCACAUGAGAAGGGAAACCCGGGGCGUGAGGGGAGCUGUACUGUUCCACCCAGCGUUGCCAGCGGCAGACUUCCGGGUGCCUCCCUGCUCCUAGAGCCGUCCUCGUUGACGGCCAACAUGAAGGAAGUGCCUCUCUUCCGGCUGCGUCACUUCCCGUGCGGCAACGUCAACUAUGGCUACCAGCAACAGGGCCUGCCUCUGGAGGCUGCUGCCCCUCCUGGGACUAGUCAUUAUGAGGACGCGGCUCUGAAGAACCAGCCCGGGCCCUGAGCCCGUCGGCAGGCUUUUCUCUUCCUUGGGAGCCCAGAGCCCACCGAGG